AUGUUUCUACCACUGAUCUUGACAGCGUACCUUUCCGCCGUAACCUCAUCUCCAGAAAGCAUCUAUCCAAGUGUUCCGCCACAGGUAAACGUAACGGCCGCCGUCUUGCUGGAAGCAUUCCAGGAUCUUUUCGGAUCGGUGCACGUUGCACAAGGUUCUAUCUCUGAACGGUCAGCCCAGUUCCAGGCGGAUCUCCUGGGCGAUGUUAUCGCCCAGCUUGAGGGAUCGAUCGUGUUGAGACCAUGGCUGCUGAACGUGUUCCUGGUUGAUAGCUAUAAAGCGUUUUUGAAGCAAUACAGCAUGCUGAACGCACAUUGGUAUGACUUCUCCGGGCGAUACCUGGUGAUCUUCAGUGAAGAGCUCGUUGAAAAAGUUGUUCGGAAGGUUUUCAAUGACCUGUGGAAGCUACAGAUCGUCAAUGUUGUUGUGAUGGGUUUCGCGGAGCAGAAGGUCAUUCUUUGGACGUACUUUGCAUUUUCUGGUAGAGCAUGCCGCAUGGUACAUUUGCGUACAAUUUCCAAAAUUGAUUUAGACGAAAUGUACCCUGACAAGACGACUUCAUUUCAUGGUUGUCUGUUCAAGGUGGCUGCUUUUGAAACACGACCUUACACGAUAAUGCACAGAUCCCAACAAAAAUUGAAAUUGAGUGGUUUCGAGGGAGAUAUUCUGGAUGUACUGGAGGAGAAAUUCAAAUUUAGGGCGCUUAUCUACGAGCCUCCAAAUGGUGAGCAGUGGGGAUAUCCGUCCGAGCAGAACAGCACAGGGAUCAUUCGAAUGAUUUACAAGGAAGAGGUUGACUUUGGGAUGUCUUGUUUGGGAAUUUCUGUUGCCCGAUUGAAGAUAAUGAAGGCGGGUAUUGCUCAUCAUACAACGUCAGUAGUACUUGCAGUGCCCAAAGGUCGUCCGUACACUCCGCUGGAGAAACUGACCCGACCGUUCAGCGCUAGUGUUUGGAUGUUGACCGGUACCAUCUUAUUGGUUGCCUUUAUCUCGAUUGGGAUCAUCGAGCUCAGGAGUCAAGUGGUUCGUGAGUUCGUGUUCGGAAGAGCCAUCCGGACACCUCGUCUCAACUUGAUACAAAUCUUCUUUGGUCUUGGUCUGCCUCGACUUCCUGCUAGAAAUUUUGCCAGAACCCUGCUUUUUCUUUGGAUUUUCUUCUGCUUUGUACUGAGAACCCUGUAUCAAAGUGCCAUGUUCCAACAUCUUCAGCAAAGCGCGAACCUUCAUCCGUCGAAGACACUAAACGAGAUCGAUCAAACGGAUGCGUUCUACUAUGUAGCAGAGAGUGGUGAACGCUACUUCGAAGCGUUUCCAAACCGCUUGCGAAGAGUUCGUCACCUGCCUCAAGAGCACAACAACAUCAUCCGUCGGUUGGACUGGAUGGAGCAUCAUCCUGAGUCGCCAGAUGUCGUGAUGGGAACACUCGACGCCAUGGCACACCACAACCUUCUGUACCGUCGCAAGGGUUUGGAACCGGUAACGAUCUGCGGCGAAACUAUAACGACCUUUUCGAUGGCGAUCUACUACCCGAAGAAGUCGAUGCUCACCAAGCAGUUUAAUCGACAGCUGCAGCAGAUCCAGGCUGCCGGGUUGAUAAACUACUGGAUCAGCCAGUACGGGGACUAUGAGUUCAUCGGAAAGUCAACAGGGAGCGCUGAGCCGAAACAGCUGAGCAAUGAACAUUUGAUGAUGGCAUAUGAACUAUAUGGACUUUUGGUUCUCAUCUGCGGGGUAAUUUUUGGGUUCGAAUUAAUUUCUGGAAGAGUAAGAAUGAUUAAGCAAGCGGCUAAUGAAGGUGCAUUCACAGUUGCUAACGUUGGUAAUUGA